AUGAAACGGCGGCAGAAGAGGAAACACCUGGAAAAUGACGAGUCUCGGGAAUCUGCCAAGAAGGGAGGAGGGAUCUCAAAGUCGCAGAAGGAUGUCCCUCCACCCAGGCCCACAGCAGGGGACAAAAACUGGAACCAGGAUACAGGAGAGCUCUCCUCUGCCUCUGAGUACUUCUCCUGUGUUUCUUCUCCAAACAAGCUCAUCCACACUGGAACCCAGAGAGCGCCACGAGACAGUCCCCGGCCUAGGUCGCCCCAGACCCAGACGGAGCAACAGAGGGAGAUUCCACUCCCUGCCCAGCCCAUCUCCUUGUCCCAUUCAUCCUACAAGACCUGUGUGUCCUCUCAACUUAUAAACAAGGAGAGGAGGGGUAUGAAAAUUUACUACAUGCAGGUACAGAUGAGGAAAGGUGUGGCUGUGUCCUGGGAGACAGUGGAUAGCCCCGGGCCCCUGCAGAAGCAGCUGCGGAUGGAAGAAAUGACCCUUCCUGAAGAUGUGCGAGUGGGCACUCCCCCCUCAGAUGUGUCCAGCAGAAAUCUCCUGUCUGACAGCGAGCCCAGUGGGGAGGAGAAAGAGCAGGAGGAAAGGGCCGACUCAGACAGCCCACUUGGCUCACCCACUGCAGAGGAGAGGCCCCGGGCCAAGACGCCCGACUGGCUGGUGACCAUGGAGAAGGGCUUCAGGUGCAUGGCCUGCUGCCGGGUCUUUGCCACCAUGGAGAUCCUCCGGGAGCACGUGCAGUCCGGUGUCAAGGAGGGCUUCAGCUGCCAUGUUUUCCACCUCACCAUGACGCAGCUGGCAGGCCAUGUGGAAUCAGAGAGUGCUCAGGAGGAGGAGGAGGAAGAAGAAGAGGCGGAAGAGGAGGACGAAGAAGAGGAAAAGGAGAAUCCAGAGGACAAGGAGAAUGAGGAGGAGCCACCCCUGGGGGAAGACGUCAGCCUGAGGAGACCUUGGAGCCAGUGUCCUGGCUGUGUGUUCCAUUCUUCAAAGGACAGGAAGUGA